AUCAGACUCAAAUCAAGUCGGUGAAUGGUCUGAUCUAUCACUUCCUUGUUGACAAGACUGACCUACCACAUGUCUACAAACGACCCAUUCGCACUAAUCCUCAUUCGAUGCAAACUCCACGUAUCAUUCCAAUAACCCAACUCUCCGUCCUUUCCCCCGCUCAUCAACAUGGCUUCUAGUCUCUACUGUAAUCUGUGCGGAUGCACCCUUUCCAAACAUGAGAGUCAAGACCGGUACUCCCAUUCAUGGCUGAAGCACUUUCGCGCAAUCUACUCCAGCCCCGCUGGAUUCUCUGUCUCCGGCGUCGGCCUGUACGACGAGGGUGUCAUCAGUCGGUGCAUUGCGCCUCUGGAAUACACCGCGCGAUGGAACGAUCCUGGGUACACGUUUCCGCCAGACGACGAGAUAGGCGUCCUGGACCGUAUGCCGGUAAACGGCCGUUAUGGAUUCGUCUUCCAUGAAGCCUGUUGGUCUCUGCUGGAGCACAGUUUCGAUCCAGAGCAGGUCCCUAUUGCGCGGUUGUAUGAAGUUUGUCGCUCACUGCCACUCCGCGAAUUGGUGCACGGUGUUGCUUGGGGCUACACUUUUGGAGGUGUUUGGUGUCUCGACUACUAUGGCUUUGAUCCUAGGGAAGAUGGGUUUCCUUGGCAUUCUCUGAACACGAAGGAUGGGCCGCUCCCAUGGACUAGAAACCCCUGUGUCGUACCGGAAAUCAAAUCUUUCCUUGAAGGCGCACCUGAAGGCCCGCUUCCAGGGGGAACAUGCCACUCGUGGCCGGCCAGCGGCCAUGGUGAUGUGUUCAGUAGUGUUCCACAAGAGAUUCGCGAUACCGUCGCUGCCCUCCUUUCGACAGCCGAUGUCUGCCAUCUCCGUCUCGCAUCGAGAGCCUUUGUCUCUACCUUUUCCAGCCAGCAUUUCUGGCGUUCGAGGUUCCAGCCGGGCGGGGAGAGGUCGUGGCUGUGUGAGCUUCAGGGUUUGCCGGCGUUUAGCAACUGGUAUUGGCUGUAUUAUCGCACCAGACGUGAGCUUCUUCCGCUGGAGCUUCUGAACCGGCAAAGAGUGAAUGGCCUGAUUCUCCAGAUCCACGAAAUCCUCGAUCUCAGAUUGAGUGAAGUGUCUCUCCAUUGCUCCCAAGCCACUCAACUGCCAGUCACGCCAUGGCGAGAGGUAUCCGCCGAUCUCAGACCACGCUCUGAAGGUAGCUGGUAUAAUAAUAUCGCCUGGUUCAACUUCGAUCAUGGCUGCCGCUUGUUCCACACACGGACCAUCAACAUCCCAGAACGUCUUGCCCAAGUCUCAUUUUCGAUCUUAGAUCUCAACGGAAAAAAGUACGUCACAGGCAUGAGAGUCACCGCCGACGACGACACCACCCUAUCUAUUGGCUACAGUGCAGACAAAGCUUGGUUCUCUGAGCCCGUCACCAACCUCAACGGUUUCAAACUGGCCAUCGGAUCUCGCGGCGUACAAGGCAUACAGGUGAUGCACGGCGACGGGCGCGCAUCGCAGUGGUUCGGCUCUCCCGACAUAGCGCCGCACACACAUCGGCUAGUAUGCUCACAAGGGAUUGCAGUCCUCAAAGCCGGCUUCGACGGGUUCAAAAUGGUCCGUCUAUCCGUCCAAGAAGCAGCGCAGCGGGAUCUCGUCGAGCCAAAUCACGAAAAGUCCCUCCUCGACACCGCACUAUGGUAUCCCAACCUUCCACAACGUGGACUUCCUUUGAGCGAUGCCCAGAAUGGCAUGCCGCGGCCGGGCUACGUACCGCUACUAUGGACCCACUUCGGCGGCCCUGCUGGGAUAUACCUCCGGCGGGUGCGUGGGAUCUUGGUAAAGGUUGUCGAAAUCGACCAGACGAUCAGGCAUAUCCAGAUGCUUUUCGGAACGGAGGUUCCUGAAAUGUGCAGCCGCGCCUUAACCGCGGCCCUGCCUCGGUAUGAGCAUAUCAAGGUAACCAAUUUUCCGAUCGACGGCCCCGGUGGAGAAAUCAUAGAAAGAGUCAGGACUUCAGAGAGUGGAGACGUUUGCAUGAAUGGCUUUGAAAUAACCACAAACUGGGGACGGAGUUGCCAGUUCGGCUUCAUGGUGGAUGUCGCACCCUACUGUAAGACGUUGGAAAUUCCUGUGGGCAAUACAAUCACGGGUUUCUACGUCGGACAUUAUUUUGCGUGCAGCCUAACUGGAAUCGGGGUGAUGUCUGAAUUGGUUGAUAGGCACUGAGUGUAGUUUACUUGGAUGAAUACUACUCGACGGAACGUGCUU